AUGUCAGUCAGGAUUAACACCUUCUACAGAAGAGCUCGACAUGUUGAUUCCCUUGAUCCUAUAGAUUGUAAGAUGAGGAGCUGGUCAUCUUGGACACCAUGUGAUGCCUGCACAGAAAAGACGCUGCGCUUCCAAUUUGUGGAGGAGCACUCUCAGUUUGGAGGAACAGAAUGUAUGCAUAGCCAGUGGGAUGAGAAACUGUGUCCACUAGAGGGCGAGUGUGAGGUUCAAGAUGAUUGUGGAGAGAUGUACACAUGUCAUGAAACAGGACGGUGCAUUGAUAAGAAGCUUCGCUGUAAUGGUGAAUGGGAUUGUGGGUUUGGCAGUGAUGAAGAAGAAUGUGAGGAAAUAAGAAGCCGAGAAACCAAAUGUGUCGGCAUGCUGCCAAUAGCAGGAGCAGAAAAGGCCACACAGGGGUAUAAUUCUCUGUCUGACGAUUUUGUAAAUCCUGUUCUGGACCCCAAAUACUUUGGAGGCGUUUGUGAGUACAUCUACAAUGGAGAGUGGAGGAAACUCACAUACGAUGCCUUCUGUGAAAACCUUUACUAUAACGAUAUUGAAAAGUAUUUCAGAAAACCACACAACUUCCUCUUCUACAGAUUAAUGGCACAUUCUAUUUCUGAAGGAUCUUCAGAGUACUACACUGAUGCUGUAAGCUUCCUGGAAGCUAGGAGAACAGAGGCUUCUGUCAACUUUGGCAGGACAUUUGGGGUCCAACAGGUAGAAGUGGGGGUGUCAAUGAGCUCUUCAUUCAAGUUCUUCAGCAACAUUUCGCAGCAUGACAGUAAGGAAGUGGGAUUUGUUAGGCUGGUGUCAAAGGUGGAAACAGCACAGUUUAAGAUGAGGAGCCGAGAUCUGAUGCUGCAUGAGGACAUGUUGCAGUCCCUGCUGGAGCUUCCCCAACACUAUGAUUUUGGCUCCUACGCACACUUCCUCAAUGAAUAUGGCACCCACUACAUCACGCACGGCACCAUUGGAGGCCUACUGGAGUAUGUAGUGCUGGUCAACAAGGAAGCCAUGAAAAGAAGCGAGCUGGAGGGGCAUGAUGUAAGCCAGUGCCUGGGUGCCUCUCUGGGUCUUUCCAAGCCUGUCUUUGCUGGUGUCACUGCUGAGAUAAAAGCACAACACCAGAAGUGUGCUUCAGUCGGCUUCUUGAACAGAGAAAGAGUGUCCCACAGUGGCCUGAUCAAUGAUGUGAUUACGUAUGUAAAAGGAGGCAUAACUGGCCCUGCUGCUGCCAAGCUGGUGAUCAAUGAUGCCAACAGCUACAGGAAGUGGGGAGAGUCUCUCAAGUACAACCCAGCAGUUAUUGAGUUUGAGGCUGUUCCCAUUUAUGAACUGGUGCGCUUCAGCACGGUAGCUGAGCAGAUGAAGACAAGGUUGCCCCUCCUCAAGCAGGCAUGGGAGGAGUACAUGCAGCAGUUCAAUCCCUGCCGUUGUGCCCCCUGCAGGAACAAUGGCAUACCUGUGCUCUCCAGGACUGCCUGCAGCUGUCUCUGCAGGGAGGGCUAUAGUGGUCUUGCCUGUGAGAAGACCACAAGGAAAGGUCCUACUCAUGGAGCCUGGAGUUGCUGGGGUGAGUGGACUCCCUGCCUUUCUGGGAUGAAGACACGACAUCGAGAGUGCAACAAUCCCCAACCAAAAGACAAUGGCUUCCCCUGCCAAGGAAGCUCUGUCCAGAGGAAAAUCUGCUGA